AUGAGAAAAGUGGAAAUCCAGGAGGAGACUGUUUACGACGUGGCUCAAGUUGAUGCAAAGCAGCAGAAUGUACUGGAAAGUUUGUUCGGCUGUUUGUGUUUCUGGAGCUUCGAGGCAACGCUAAAGACUGUGGCUGCUCUGACUCUGCACAAAAUGGCCUCCAACACAGUCCAGACCAUGUUGGAGAUCAGGGAGGUCCAGCUGGUUCAGAAAGAGGGGUGCCCACCAGGGGUGUUCACCAGGGGUGUUCACCAGGGGUGUUCACCAGGGGUGUCCACCAGGGGUGUCCACCAGGGGUGUUCACCAGGGGUGUCCACCAGGGGUGUUCACCAGGGGUGUCCACCAGGGGUGUCCACCAGGGGUGUUCACCAGGGGUGUCCACCAGGGGUGUCCACCAGGGGUGUUCACCAGGGGUGUUCACCAGGGGUGUCCACCAGGGGUGUCCACCAGGGGUGUUCACCAGGGGUGUCCACCAGGGGUGUUCACCAGGGGUGUUCACCAGGGGUGUCCACCAGGGGUGUUCACCAGGGGUGUCCACCAGGGGUGUCCACCAGGGGUGUCCACCAGGGGUCACCAGGGGUGUCACCAGGGGUGUCCACCAGGGGUGUCCACCAGGGGUGUCCACCAGGGGUGUUCACCAGGGGUGUCCACCAGGGGUGUCCACCAGGGGUGUUCACCAGGGGUGUCCACCAGGGGUGUCCACCAGGGGUGUUCACCAGGGGUGUCCACCAGGGGUGUUCACCAGGGGUGUCCACCAGGGGUGUUCACCAGGGGUGUUCACCAGGGGUGUUCACCAGGGGUGUUCACCAGGGGUGUCUACCAGGGGUGUCCACCAGGGGUGUCCACCAGGGGUGUCCACCAGGGGUGUUCACCAGGGGUGUCCACCAGGGGUGUCCACCAGGGGUGUUCACCAGGGGUGUUCACCAGGGGUGUCCACCAGGGGUGUCCACCAGGGGUGUCCACCAGGGGUGUUCACCAGGGGUGUCCACCAGGGGUGUCCACCAGGGGUGUCCACCAGGGGUGUUCACCAGGGGUGUCCACCAGGGGUGUUCACCAGGGGUGUCCACCAGGGGUGUCCACCAGGGGUGUCCACCAGGGGUGUCCACCAGGGGGGCCACCAGGGGGGCCACCAGGGGUGUCCACCAGGGGUGUCCACCAGGGGGCCACACAUACCUUUUCCCAAACCACUGA